AAGAAUACCUACAUCAUCGUCAUCAACAUCCGUCUCAUCCCCGCCACUUAACAAAACAGAGUUGUAUGACCCACGUGCACUGGAUAUUAUUUAUCCAUGGCGCCGAUAAGACGUUACCUUCGGAUCACAAAGUAUUCGGUGCUCGAAUGUCGUAUCUACCUCGAUAACCCGGCCCUGGCACACUCAUGGCUUCUAAACCCCAGGAAUCCUAUGCUUGCCAAGGUCAUCGAGGCCGUACGUCCACUGGUACUGCCAAAGCUGCGUGAGGAGAGGGAACGCGCGCAAAGCAAGAAGAGCAGCAAGAAGCGGAGUAUCAAGGACGUGGUCAUCAAGGAUGACUUUGAAGUGUCCGUCUUUCUUGCGGAAACAGACACUCGACACUCCCUGUUGCACAAGCAAAAGCACUUUCGAGACAAGGUCCAGACCAAACUAAAAUCCAACUCGUCCAAGCUCACGGGAGAAUCACGUGAAGCACCUAUCGACGUUGACGUAGAGGCCGCUCUACUUCGGGAGGCAGCCGACGACGAUGAUGUGCCCGUUCUACGAGAGGAUGAUAGCGAAGAUCAGGAGGUCAAUCUAAACGAUAUCCCUACCGUUGAUGAAACGGACGUCAUAUCCGACUCCGCCAAUAGGAGAUCAAAACGACGACGUCAACAAUCAUCGGGACCAAAGAAUGAGGGUGGCACCGAUGACGAGGCCCAAGCGGUUGCCUCGGACCUAUCUGACGAUGAUGGCCUGUUCAUCGGUGACAGUGACGAUGCUGGAAGCGAAGGGCCUCCGGAAAGGAAGCGUCGCAAAUCCAAGCAGCCCGCUGCUCAGGAGGAAGAACGUGAUGACAAAAAGAAGCUCGCUAUGGACAUAUCAUACGAGGGCUUUGCCAUCUACGGCCGCGUACUCUGCCUUGUCGUGAAACGGCGGGACGUUGAGAAGACCGUUACUGGGCCCUCGAGUGGCAAGGCUCUGACGGCCCAGCCUGGCGGCCAGGCGAUGAUGGAAAACUGGAUCACGUCUACACAACUUCCCGAGGCUGCCGUAGGAGAGGACGACGCAGUUUGAGACGGCUGCCAAGCUGGCAGUUCGGCUGAAGUUGGUCCACCAAGACAGUCCUUCAUGGCUAUCACGAUGCCACUUUACAAGGGAUGGGAAAAGCAGGAGGACCCAAGCAAGCUUCUCUUCCCUCCUCCGCCUUCCAUCACACCGCCUGCUUUUGACGGUUCUUUCAGACUCCCUGGAUUUCAUCGGGACUCGGAGUGACCUCUCCGCCGCUCAUCACCAGGCACCGUGGUCAGGUUAGACAGGCCAGCUGAUCAUUCUGUCUUCUGAUGUCAUCAACGGCUUAUUGCCCCACGGACUUGAAACGAACAAUUCAGCCUGGAAUGCGAUCUACGGAUGUUGUGCACCUAGCGUUUUUCCAAAUGCUUGGUAUGCCUGGUGUACCUGUUGUACCUGUCGUAUCCGGAACCCUCAGCAAGGCAAGGUUCUUCUUGGCCUUCAAAACAUUCCCAUUUCGCUCAACCGAUUGGUAGAUUUCGCUUCCCAGAGCACGAAAAGGGCAUGGCGGAUACCUUGGCAGAGAUUGCCAUGCUGCCAGGACGUGAUGGGCAAUCACACCACAUAAGAAUCUGUGGUUGCAACUCCAAGGAUGAAUCAUCCGUACGGAAAUACCUUGGUCUGGGGUAGUUUUACCAACACGGUACGUACGUACCCUUACGUUACAGGCCUCAUUCCAGAUGAUGCAAUCGGCAGCCUUUUCAGUCCCUUUUUGGGGAUCGACCACCAACCCAGGCACAUGAAACACGCCUCCCCCUGACGAAAUUAAACUCGUGUAAUAAACACCGAACGACUCUUGAUGCAGCCCACACCGGAUCUGGGGCAAAAGGAGAAUAUCCAAUUUCACGUUGAAUUUCCAUCAAUAACAACACCGAAGUUUCAAUUCAUGGAUGCCGAUCGAGCCGCUGGCAUAGGAUUUACACACCAUCCUGGGGGGGGCCAUAAUGCAUCUUGGACAGUGGCCAACCUUGGCGCUCCACUGGUCCCUGAUGUUCAAGUAAGAUCUCGAUAACCGUACAUUGUUGUCGCAUCUUGGUGGACUGCCCAUCACUCGGUUUUUCGUCAGCAUUUUAUUGGGUGGUGACAAUUUCGAAACCUGUAUCAUAUUACUGGAAGAUCGCAGAGGUACCAGUACGGUUGUCGGGGAUCUAUGGAUGUAUCUUCUUGACAGUGGAGGCAGGAGUACCACAUUUCCACAUUUGUUGUCUUGAAGUUGCUAGAAAUCCCCAAAGGCUUAGGAACGGCGAAUUUAUGGUCUUGGCUUGGUCCGGUUCCGGUUUGAGGUUGUCGAAAUGCUGGAUCGCUGAGUCAGACAUUCUUGGAGAGUCCCCCUGUGUUCUCUCCGACACUGUCCAUGUUGCAAUAUCAGACAGUUUUUUAUGACCCAAGGACGCGGACUCAGCGUCGUAAUAGGUGUCGUCAGCUGAACAAACACGGAGUCUGAAGCUAGAAAGGUAGCCCGAAGAUGGUGUGUUGAUAAUUUCCCUCCCUAUGCACCACUGGCAUAUCUCUCACAGGGCAGCCAUGGCAUAUCUUUCAAACCUUCCUUCAAGGUGUGCGUAGUCUGAACGAAAACACUAUGGGGGAUGAUGAGUCCCGCGGGAGCUAUCUGCUGGUAUUUUUGGUAAGGGGGGCUGACCAAGGUAGCGACGGCAAGAUAUCAGUGUACGCUGUGAAACACCCCCACGCGGUACCGUAGGACUACGAUGCUCAUCAUCUCCCCAGGUUUAUCUAUGUUCAUGUUUAUGCAUAAGGGGGGAAAGAGGAAAAUGCGGUUUAACCUGGCAUCUAGAGGGGAGGAAAUAAAUACUACGCUAUAGUAACCAGGCAGAGGAUAAAUGUAAGAAACUCUGACGGAA